CUAUACAUUCAAUCAAGUCACAAUAUGGUGAAUGCAAGAAACCCAUCAACAACCAUAACCCAAACCACCGGUCCAUGGCGUAUGAUACUCAUCACAGCCUUCGGCACGGUUAUAUUGGCUCUACUUGUGGUCCAUUUGGAUAGCUUUGAUGCAGCUUCUUAUUCUUUAGAAGAGUUAGCCAAAAAACCAAAUACUUCAAUACCAAAAGUGAACCCAAAAAUGCUUCAUGGGUCUGAGAAGAUAGGCCAGGGUCAGUUGUUGGGACCAGAAGACAUCGUGUAUGACCGAAAUUUGGAUGUUAUAUACACGGGUUGUGCUGACGGGUGGGUUAAACGAGUCAGGUUGAAUGACUCUGUUGUUGAGGAUUGGGUUAACACGGGUGGUCGGCCUCUUGGACUCGCUCUUGGUCACUCUGGUGAGGUUUAUGUUGCUGAUGGCAUUAAGGGACUACUUAAAAUAACGGAAGAUGGUGAAAUAGAAGCAUUAACAACAGAGGCAGAAGGCGUUAAAUUUGCAACGACAGAUGCUGUUACAGUCGCAAAGAAUGGUAUAUUGUACUUCACAGACGCAUCAUGGAAAUACGAUCUGCAAAAUUGUGUAUUAGACAUAUUAGAAGGCCGGCCGUAUGGUAGAUUAAUGAGCUAUGAUCCCUCCACAAAGCAGACCAAAGUACUUGUUCGAGAUGUCUACUUUGCUAAUGGCGUCGAAAUAUCUCCAGAUCAAGACUUUGUUAUCUACUGCGAAACCCCAAUGAUGAGAUGCAUGAGACACUACAUACACGGAGAAAAGGAGGGUUCAGUAGAUGUAUUUAUUGAUAGAUUACCUGGUAUGCCUGACAACAUUCAUAUCGAUGGCGAGGGCCAUUACUGGAUUGCUAUUCCCACGGAGCAUACAUACGAAUUGGAUAUGGUACGUAAAUACCCAUACAUCCGUAGAGUCCUUGCAUUUUUGGAGAAGUACUUGAAAAGGCCUUCUGUAGAGAAAAAUGCAGGGGCAAUUGUUGUAGAUAUAGAGGGGAAGCCACUUGAGAGAUACUACGACCCAGGGUUGAAUCAAGUGACAACAGGGAUACAUAUCAAGGAACAUCUAUAUCUUGGGAAUGUGGUCGCGUCUUCCAUUAUUCGCCUCAACCUUACUCGAUAUCCUGCAACUGCACCUUCUUCAACCAAGUUAUAAACACUAGGGGCUCAUUUGGUUGUAGAAAAUGUUUUUUAGUUUUUUAUUUUUUAGAAGACAAAUAAAAUUUUUGA